CAGUCCUGGGAGGCUCUGUCAGGAGGGGAAGUGUUAAUGGGGGCUCAUGCCCGAGGCAGGAGGCACAGCUUGCAGGGCCAAGGAAACUUUAUCCUGGAAAAUGUGCGGGCCCAUCAUAUUACUUCAGAGAGGAGCGGGGGGGAGGGAAAGUGCUUCUAAAAAUGGCCAGGGAGCUGCAGAAGGAGCUGCAGCUGUCUCCUGGGAAGGCAGCCUUUCCGCGGUGCCAGCCCCGUGACUCGGGGCGGUGGCGGCGAUGCGGGGCGCAGGUGGCGGGGCCGCAGCGGGGCCGGGGCCGCGGAACGCGGGCUGUGUCCCGGACAGACAUCCCUGUCCCGCUCCCGCUCCGGCCGAGGAACGCGGGCUGUGUCCCGGACAGACAUCCCUGUCCCGCUCCCGCUCCGGCCGAGGAACGCGGGCUGUGUCCCGGACAGACAUCCCUGCCCCGCACACGCUCCCGCUCCGGCCGCAGCCACGCCAGGGGGACAACGCCUGGCUGCAGCUCGCUGCCCGCCAUGUGGGCUUCGAAUCACCUGUUCUGCAGGCAGCACACCAUAAAUUUGGAUGUCGGUGCCUGCCCGAGGGUGUUUUUGGGCAGGAAGGCGCUGCAAGGGCCCGGUAGGGAGCCGAGGAAGGGUGUAAGCAGCGAGCAUAGCCGAGUCACCGCAGGCAAGGAUCCUGAAUCCCGUGGCCCUGCGGAGGUCAGCGUUAGGCUCCACUUGCCCUCGCCACUCAAGCUGAGAGCAGAACCAGCCAAGGCAGGGGAAAGCAUGAAAUCGGAAAGAGAAAAGCUCACUGGAAGAGACAGAGCAAACCUUUCCAAUGCACAGACCCUCUCCAAUCAGCAGAGGAUGAAGUGUUAUUCGUACCCCUGUUUCUCCCAGCAGGCCACCCCCACCUGGUAUUAUCUCCUUAGUACUCAAAUAAGUAAAUCUGCUCCCCUGUCACUCCCUAAGAGCAAGCUGGGUCGUUAGGAGAU